UUUGAUCGUAGCAACACAAUUUCCAAGGGAAAACUUCAUAAAAAACCCCCAAACUAACGAUUUGUUUUCUUUUAAUUAGAAUAAGUUUUCUUAAAUCUCCGCCAUAAUUUGACAAGACAAACGGCACCGCCAACCCUGGUCACACUAAUCCCAUAACCCUGGUCUUUGUUUUUUUUGUAAAGAGUGAAAUUGUUGCAAGUCAAACACAACAAUAACAAAAGGCUUUAAAAACGCCUAUUAAAUCGCAAAGUAAUCUCAAAACAAACCGCGAGGAAGACUGCAACUGGUUGAACAAAUGGCCACCGCCGCCUCCACAUCGCAGCAUGCGUCCACCGCAACGAUGAUGGCCGGCUCUGGAGCGGUAUCGGGCUCCCUGGCUACCACCUCUUCCACCUCAUCGUCCGCCCCAAGUAGCACGCCGAGCAGCUCCGCGGUGCGAGCCCUGGCCAUGGAGUACAAGUCGCUCCAGGAGGAGCCGGUGGAGGGAUUCCGCGUCAAGUUGAUCAAUGACGACAACCUAUUCGAGUGGGAGGUGGCCAUAUUUGGCCCACCAGACACUCUCUACCAGGGCGGCUACUUCAAGGCGCACAUGAAGUUCCCCCACGACUAUCCCUACUCACCGCCAUCCAUCCGCUUCCUAACGAAGGUCUGGCAUCCGAAUGUCUACGAGAAUGGGGAUCUGUGCAUAUCCAUAUUGCAUCCGCCGGUGGAUGAUCCGCAGAGCGGUGAGCUGCCCUGCGAGCGCUGGAAUCCCACGCAGAAUGUGCGCACCAUCCUGCUGUCGGUUAUAUCGCUACUCAACGAGCCCAACACAUUUUCGCCGGCAAAUGUGGAUGCGUCGGUCAUGUAUCGUCGGUGGCGAGAUUCACAGGGCCAGGAUAAUGAGUAUCCAAACAUCAUACGCAAACAGGCCCUGGCUGCCAAUGCCGAGGCCAAGCGUGAGGGCAUUGUGGUGCCCAUGACCUUGGAGGAUUAUUGCCUGAAGCCCACGCGCAAGCCCGCAACAGAUUCUGGCCUGGAUGCCAACUUUUAUGAUGAUGAUUUCGAUCUGGAGACGGAGGACGAUCUGCCCACAGACGACGAUGAUGAUGAUUUCGAUGAGGAUGAUGACGAUGACGAGGAUGAUGAGGAGGAAGACGACGAUGAGGAUAGUGCCACGGCUUCGAUAAGCAAAAAUAAGUGCAAGAACAAGAAUAACAACAACGGUCUGCUGGGCAGGGAGGCGGCCGACGCCGAGUCGGCUGAUGAUAGCGGCAAGGGCGAGACCACAUAAUGCAGCCAAGACGAGAUCCGAUCAUCAUUUCUUCUUCCUCCUUCUCCUCCCACAAAACCUGCCUUUUCAUUUCUCCAACAUUAUUAUUAUUAUUAUGAUUAAUGCUAAUUAUACAUGUUUAAACAACUAAAAACCGAACAACUGAGAAAUCGAAUUAUUUACCAAUGUAGUUUCUACGGCAAUAGUUUUGUUUGUUUUUCUGGAGGGUAGAUAUGCUAUGGUUCCAAUCUUUUAAACAAUUUUAUGUCGUAUAAGCUAAAAGCAAUUAAUAGAGUUCAGGGACUUGUCCGUUUCCCCUUUUUACGCAGCUAAUAAUGAAAUAGAAACUGAUUAACCAUAUACAUGAUAUAUAUAUAUGCAGAAUAUGUACUAGGUAUAAAUUAAUAUUAAAAGAAUAUACUAUAUAUGACACCCAUUUAUAUGAGCGAAAAAACACUACAAAAUCCUAUCGUUCGCGCUGAGAGAAGUUCAUCAUCGUUCAUCCAAAAACCCACAUAGAGAACAAUCAAUGGAUUUCAAGAAUAAAAUAUAAAAACCUAGCCAUUAAGACAUUUUUAAGUGCAAAAUUCACAAAGAGUGUAAGUUAAAGAGAAACCAAUAAUUGCAAUAUAAUUACGAAAGAACCGAGCAUUGUAUAAAACAGAACAGAGUUUGCAACAAAGAUAAAUAAGCCAAAUAAAAUUACGGAAAAACUA